AUGGAAGACAUUCAGAUCUGCUCAAUGAAAUUACAAAAUCGUGAGGUUUUUCUUUUCCCUACAGCACUCUUAUGUUCAUUUCUGAGGAUACCAUAUCCUCCUAGCCAUCCUAGUGGCUAUUGUUUGCAGAUCUUAACCAAAGCCUUUGUACUCACUGUCACUCAUAUUUCUUGUUUUUUUGUCUUUCUUCUUCUCUUGCAGCUACAAGCCCCCAGCGUAAAAGGCUUUGAUUUUGCUAAGCAGCAUCUAGGCCAACACAAUAAAGAGGAUGUCCUGAUUAUCCAUGAGCCAGCUCCUUUACCAGGACCUAUUAAGGACACUACCCCAUCUGAAAAUGGAGAUGUUCCCAGCCCCAAAUCCAAGGCUUCCUCAAAACCUUCAAAGACCGUCCGACAUAGAGGGAGAGUUUCACCAUCAGAUGCUGACUCCACUGCAAGUGAACAAUCCAGUGGGAGAGAGACAGGAGAGGAAACUGCAAGACCAUCAGCUGUUGCAAAUGAGGGUAAACCACGCAGAGCCACAAAGAAGGGACCUCCUCAGAGCAGCAGUGGCAAUGAGCAGCACUCCUCAGCCUCCAUCUUCGAACAUGUGGAUCGGAUGUCACGUUCCUCCGAUGCCAGCAGACGGGUCCCAAGCAAGAUCCAGCUGAUUGCUAUGCAACCAAUGGCAGCACCUCCAGUUCAGAAUUCUGUGCUUUCUGAUCGAGUAGCAGAGACCAACAAAAUUAAUAAAGAGAUACAGACAGCCCUAAGGCAUAAAUCUGAGAUUGAGCAUCACCGCAACAAGAUUCGUCUUCGUGCCAAGCGCAAAGGGCACUAUGAAUUUCCAGUUGUGGAUGAUGUGGUGGUGGUUGACUCCAAAGAGCAGCACAGAAUAUACCGCAAGGCACAGAUGCAGAUUGACAAGAUCUUAGACCCUGGAGGCAGUGUGCCUACAGUGUUCAUAGAGCCCAGGAAAAGGUAGGGGUUUCAAAGAUGGGAAAGGUCAGUUUUCUUUUAGGGUCAGAGUCCAAAGGAUAUCAGACUUUUACUUCUGAACUUUCAGAGCUUAGAGUCAUUUUGAUCCUUAGUUGACUUUGAGUUGGUUAGACAAAAGGGUUGGGAUUGUUCUAAACAUUUUUAUUUAUUUCAAUAUGUCAGUUUAUUUUGCUUUCAAAUGUGUUCUUCUACAAGUUUUCAGGGUGAAUUCUCA